UAACGUUUCGCUUGGCUAAGUGCGCGCCUCGCCUCGCCACUGAAACCAGUUAGUAGAAGAAAAUUUUGUUCAGAGCAAACUAAGACCGACGCCGACGUCACGAUGGCUGCGAUUUGAUUAUUUCGAAUGCACAUACUAGUUCUAAGAUUAAUAAACGUGGACGCAAUCCGUGGCCCUGCCUGCCGCCGGGUCGCUGACGGCACGGCAGCACCUGCCUGCACCUGUGGCAGAUCAGAUACUAUCGGGACCAAUUUUUAGUUCAACUUUAGUUCCGCCUUACAAAUCGGAUUUUCCGUUACUCUAAAAACUUCAAUGUACAGAGUGUAAGAAUCCGCAAAAAGCUAAAAGAGCUGGCAAAAAGUACAAAGUAUAAAAGUUGAAGAAAAUCGAACUAGCCCGCCGAGUACCGCUACAGUAAAGGAACAAGUUAUAUAACGGAGUAACGGAGAACGGAGUUAUAUAUAAUCGUAUAGUGAUGAUAGUCUAGUGUUGACUAAACAAGUGAAAAAUAUAAAAUAUAUGUAUACACAAGUAACAAAAAACACACUUGCAACGACAACGAGACGAAAUCCCACUCUUUUGUGACCUAAUCAACUCGCAGGGAUUCGCGCGGAAACAAAUACUCGUACUAUACUGAAUUUAUUACUGUAUAAAGUACUUCGUAAUACAUACAUACGUUCAAAUUUGCAUCGAAAUUGGCAGUGGAAUAAUUAAUACACCAAUCAGCAAUCAUGAUGCUAACUACUGAACACAUCAUGCAUGGGCACCAUCCCCACCACUCUUCGGUCGGUCAGAGUGCGUUGUUCGGAUGCUCCACUGCGGGUCAUAGUGGUAUCAAUCAGUUAGGCGGCGUCUAUGUAAAUGGCCGUCCCCUGCCCGACUCCACGCGUCAAAAGAUAGUCGAGCUGGCUCACUCGGGCGCUCGUCCUUGUGAUAUAUCGAGAAUACUUCAAGUUUCAAAUGGCUGCGUAAGCAAAAUAUUGGGCAGAUACUAUGAAACAGGAUCAAUCAAACCUCGAGCAAUAGGUGGUUCCAAACCACGAGUAGCUACAACGCCGGUCGUACAAAAAAUUGCCGAUUACAAGCGGGAAUGUCCGAGCAUAUUUGCUUGGGAAAUUCGAGAUCGACUUCUUUCGGAGCAAGUUUGCAAUAGUGAUAACAUUCCAAGUGUUUCAUCCAUAAAUCGAGUCUUGCGCAAUUUGGCAUCGCAAAAGGAGCAGCAGGCGCAGCAGCAAAAUGAAUCUGUUUAUGAAAAGCUCCGCAUGUUCAAUGGACAAACCAGUGGAUGGGCAUGGUAUCCAAGCAACACAACAACAGCACACUUGGCCCUACCGCCAACACCAACGGCCCUGCCUACGCCAACGAAUUUAUCUGGACAAAUUAAUCGGGAUGAGGUUCAAAAGCGAGAUAUAUACCCGGGCGAUGUCUCUCACCCCUCUCACGAGAGUACGUCAGAUGGCAAUUCCGAUCACAAUUCAUCUGGGGACGAGGACUCUCAAAUGCGACUACGGCUGAAAAGAAAACUUCAGCGCAAUCGAACCUCGUUUACCAAUGAACAAAUUGACAGCCUGGAGAAAGAAUUUGAGCGAACACACUAUCCGGACGUUUUUGCGCGAGAGAGACUUGCUGAAAAAAUUGGUUUGCCAGAGGCACGUAUUCAGGUAUGGUUCUCUAAUCGGAGAGCCAAGUGGCGACGAGAGGAAAAGAUGCGCACUCAAAGACGGUCCGCAGAUCAUGUAGGUGGCAGUAGCGGUAGAGCCAGCACAAAUAAUCAGUCAGGUACAGCAGCAUCUUCCUCCGUCACACCGUCGAGCAACUCAACGCCCGGUAUUGCUAGCUCAGCGGUCAACGGCAUCGGUUCGGAGGGAGCAUCAUCGUCAGCCAUAAUCAGCAACAACACCCUACCCGAUACAUCCAACGCCCCAACUGUACUCGGAGGUGAUGCAAAUGCCACGCAUACAAGCUCGGAAAGCCCACCACUUCAAGCCGUAGCACCACGGAUACCCCUAAAUACCGGUUUCAAUGCAAUGUACUCAUCUAUACCGCAGCCCAUAGCAACGAUGGCAGAAAAUUACAACUCAAUGACCUCUUCGUUAGGCUCGAUGACGCCCACAUGCCUGCAACAAAGAGACAGCUAUCCCUAUAUGUUUCACGAUCCGUUGUCUCUGGGAUCUCCGUAUGCUCCGCCUCACCAUCGAAAUGCACCCUGCAAUCCAUCAGCUGCACACCAACAACCCCCUCAACACGGAGUUUAUGGUAACAGUUCUUCAAUGACAUCUAACACAGGUGUUAUCUCUGCCGGUGUGUCUGUGCCCGUGCAGAUAUCAACGCAGAAUGUAUCAGAUCUAGCGGGUGGUAAUUACUGGCCGCGUCUUCAGUGAUCGUCAAUUUUCAAUUUGCCUUCUGAGCUCCUAUCCAAGGCAGCCGCUGCGGUAGCAGUCGCUGCCGCACAUGCAGCUGAGGAGCAGAAUAAGCAUCAGCAAGCGCAUUCGGCUGAUAGUAAGGAAGCUACAAACACCAGCGAUAGCGAUAACCCACCAAAUAUGAUUCCACAAAUGACACUAUGUUCACCUAGACACUUGAAGAUAUGCAUGGGUGCAAAGAACGGUAUGGGUAUGAUGAAAAUGGGUGUAUGCCUUUCAUUAAGUGAAGUUGUAUCAGGUCAAGCUCUUACGCCGCCAACAUCGCCACCAGCAUCAGUGUCUGCUAUAUCACCGAUUUUUGAUUCUGAUGUUACAGGUCCUGGUCGUGACCCUGCUCCGAGAUACCAUCCAGACUGUCAAUUGCAAAUAAUAUAACAAAUGCGCACGUCAGCACAUUCCCAUUCUCUAUCUCUUCCCUAACAUAGGCGAUACACAUAUUGAGUAGAUCGUAUCAGUGUUCUAGUACAUCUAUUAUUUUUGGAAACGCAAUUUACAUACAUAAAUACAUACUAACUAACUAAGCAGAGAAACCCUUUCAGCUAUUUAUGAAAAUUCAUAAAAUUUCGUAUAUGCCAUAUAAAUAAGAAGAUAAUAAUGAAUGUGGCAAAGUAACACCAUUGGCCAUGACUCCUCAAAACCGAUCUCUCCAUACAUAUAUAUGUAUGUAUAAUGUAUAUAUUAUUUAUUAGGAUUGCUAUGCUAUCCAACAGUAUGCAAUGCAACUUGUGCAUACAUACAUAUGAGUGUAUAAUCGAAAUUAAUUGCAACGAACUUAAUUUCCAAUAACAAACACGAUAAAAAAAAGACAAAAACUCAUUCAGACAGAGACACCGACACCUCCCUAGAAUAUAAGUCUUCAGUUUUAAUUUAUGUAUGGUUCGAAUUUAUAUAUAGAAAAGUCGAUGUAUGUAAUACACAUGUAUGUUUCAUAUUAACACACAUACACAUGUACAUAUGACCAUACAUGCAUACGCAUAUGUUUAAUAAUAAGAUUUAAUAAAAUACUACAAAUGUACACAUAAAUUAACCGUUUCAGUGUUAUUUUAA